AUGGAGACUCAUGACAACUCCUGCCAGGCCUGGUGCGACAGUAGGCAACGCUGGUAUGAGUUCGGACCCACGGACCUGCUGCAGCGCAAGGGCUCCCUGACCCUCCGCUCCCAUCACAAGAGAUACUCGAAGCCAGUGUUGGUGUAUUCCUGGCACCACGACAGAGAAGCUUUUCCCAAAAAUUAUGAUAUAGAGGGUCCCGAACAAGUAAAAAAACUGUGUAAUUCAACAUACUGGCGGCUUGGAACCGAUGAACCCCCAAUUUGGAUAUCAGAAACACAUGAACAGAUGUCACAAGUUUGUUUAAACACAGAAUUGGCUACAGUAAAGAGCAAGGCCUUAUUAAAUGAGGAAACAAUGUGCUGUGGGAUUAUUGAAAGGGACACUGGAUUGCCUGCCACAGGCUUUGGAGCUCUCUUUACCAGACAUCCACCAGAUCUGAGCAAAAUGUUAGUAGUCCCCAAACUGCUGCAGAUUGUACAAAAUGUUUCUAGAUUCAGGAGGUUUGUUUGCAGGGCUGAAGGUGUUGAGAGGUGUGCUGAGGUCAAUGAAAUGCCCUUGAAGUGGCGUUUUAAGACUUUCCUUUAACAAAAGACUUUUUUUCCAUCAAUAUGCAUAGUAGUAAUAAUAAUAAUAAUAAUAACAAUAAUAAAGCAGUUGAUCCUCAUUAUAUGUAGAGUACAUACUGGCAAAUUCUCCUAGUUGCUAAUAUUUAUUUGUAACCCCAAGUCAAUACUCGCAAUGCUGUUGUGGUCAUUAGUGGACAUGCACAGAACAGCAAAGAAUUUGAGUCAUCUGACCUGCACACUCUCAGCUGAGGUCAAACAAGUUGAUGUUCUGCCUUCUUGUUUCAGCUUUCACACUAUGAAGUGUCCUUUUCACAGUUACCUAGUGCCAUGUUUUUCAAACGUUUAUGCAUCUUGUUGGUGAUCUCACUAUGUAAAAUGUCCACCAAGCAUAGUUCUGAAGUGAUGUCAUGUUCCUAAGUGCAAGAAGGCUGUGAUGUGCCUUUCAGAGAAAAGACAUUGUGUUAGAUAAGCUUCAUUUAGACAUGAGUUGAAAAUAUAUGUAAAACAAAAAUACACAUUAAACAAGGUGUCUUUAAACAGAAACACACAUAAAACAAGGUUAUAUAUUGAUUGAUUGGGGAGAAUGUUGUGAUCACAGGCUUGCAGAAACCUAGCCCUGUAUUUCCCCCAAGAGUGAUGGUUCAAUAUUUGCUAAUUCAGU